AUGAGAUUGGAUCAUCUUGCGCUUCUCGCUGCUGUGGCUGGAUCUGCGGCAGCAUCCCCUGUUAAGAGCCAUGCGAAGAGAGCAUCGCCCUUCAAAUGGUUUGGUACAAGUGAAUCAGGAGCUGAAUUUGGCGAGGGCAAUCUUCCGGGCACUUUCGGAACUGACUAUACAUUCCCUGAUGUCAGUACCAUCAAGACCCUGAAUGGCCUUGGGAUGAACAUCUUCCGAGUUCCUUUCCUCAUUGAGCGUAUUGCACCAAGCUCCCUGUCAGGGGCGCUGGAUGAUACCUACCUGGGAAAGCUCGCUUCAGUGGUGAAAUCUAUCACCGACACAGGAGCCCAUGCCGUGCUUGAUCCGCACAAUUUCGGAAGAUACAACGGAGCCAUCAUCUCGAGUGCGUCCGACUUCCAGGCAUUCUGGAAGAAGCUCGCAGGCGAAUUCGCCUCCAACGAGCUUGUCGUUUUCGACACUAACAACGAGUUCCAUGACAUGGACCAGGAUCUCGUGCUGAAGCUCAACCAGGCAGCUAUCGAUGGCAUCCGCGCAGCUGGAGCAACCACCCAGUACAUCUUUGUCGAGGGCAACUCCUACACAGGCGCCUGGACCUGGACAGACGUGAACGACAACCUGAAGGACCUGACAGAUCCCCAGGACAAGAUCGUUUACGAGAUGCACCAAUACCUCGACUCCGACGGAUCAGGCACGAGCGAAACCUGUGUAUCGACCACGAUCGGAAAGGAACGAGUGACGGCCGCCACGCAGUGGUUGCAGGACAACAAGAAGGUCGGUGUUCUGGGUGAGUUCGCAGGUGGUGUGAAUGACCAGUGCAAGACGGCGAUCACCGGGAUGCUCGAUUAUCUUGGCGAUAACUCGGAUGUCUGGCUUGGUGCGAUGUGGUGGGCUGCUGGUCCUUGGUGGGGUGAUUACAUCUUCAGUCUGGAGCCGACGAGCGGUACCGCAUACAAGGGUAUGCUGUCGACGCUGAAGCCAUACUUCGUAUAG